UAUAGCCCCACCGCGUCGAUUCUGCCAGCCACCAGCCGCAUCCGCAUCAGCGUCCGUCGCUGAGCCUUGACCAUGGGCAUCGUCUACGUGUACUCGGAGGACCACUGCGGGUCGUCGACGUGUCUGUUGCUUGAUGUGUGGUUCGUGGUGGGCGUGGUGGUGGCGUUAAUUGUCGGGUCCUUACUCGUCAUGUUCGUGCGGCGAGGCAACAUGCUGCGACGGAGGCACAAAGUUGAGAUGGACUUGACGAACCGCAACAACGAAAGCAUGAUUCGGAAGGAUGUGGACCAGGCGCAGAUCCAAAGUCGCAAGAACACAGACAAAUCGGGCUAUCAGUUUCUCGAGGCACGGAAUGGCAUUGCCAGCUUUCUCGGCAAAACCAAGCGGAAAACCACGUACAUCGCGUCAUAUUUUCGUGUCUACUGAAUGAUGGACAACGAGAACACAUAUACAUACAUGGGGCUUUAGGGCCAAAGAACUGCGGGCAGAAGAUAUGUUUCAGAAGCCCACGUACGAAGAAAGAGCCGUGAUGGCCGUCGCUCCGUCCGAUAUGCGUGUCAAGCAAGAAGAAGACAAGCUUCGCAAACUCACGUCGAUGCGCCGGGUGAGCAUGACGGCUCAGUCCAACGUGAGCUUCAAAGUCGCCGAUAACGUGUUUGCGUCCGUGUAUGAAGUCAAGUUGCCCGAGGUGCAUUUGGUCAAGCAACUGGCCAUCGGGCCGUUCUCAGAAGUGUACGCCGGCGUGUGGCGCGGCACCAAAGUCGGCGUCAAGCUCCUCAUGCCCAAGGAAACGUAUCAGGAAGGUGUGGAAGAAGCUGUCAAGAACUUUCGACGGGAAAUUUGGGUCAUGAGUCGGCUGGACCACCCGAAUGUCCUCCAACUCAUUGGCGCGAGUUUAACCUCGAGUUGUUAUGUGUUGAUUAUGGAAUACAUGACUAACGGGUCGCUGUACGAAUAUUUGCGCGACACAAAGAACAUCCUGCCGUUGCAAUUGAUUCUCCAUUGUGCCCAAGAUAUUGUGCGUGGCAUGCUCCACGUCCACGAGCACGACAUCUUACAACGAGAUUUAAAGACCAAGAACUUGCUCGUGUCCGACCACUUGGUCGUCAAGGUAUCCGAUUUUGGCCUCUCUCGAUACAAGGACAAAAUGUACGGCGAGUACACGUUUGUAGGCACCCCCUUUUGGGCGGCGCCCGAAGUCAUCCGGCACGACAAUUACACCGAAAAAGCUGAUGUAUACAGCUUUGGGGUCGUGCUGUGGGAACUCAUCGAACGCACGGACCCUUAUACAGGCAUGAACCCCCUGCAAGUGCCCUUGCUGGUGUGCCAGGAAGGACUGCGGCCGUCGAAUUUUAAGAACCCCGCGCCCGACAAUUACGUUGCGCUCAUGCAUGAGUGCUGGGACGGGGACAUGGACAAGAGGCCGAGUUUUGCACAUAUUUACCAGCGAUUACACGGCAUUUCCGUGCAGUACCAGCAACAGACGGACCUCGUCGCGGCGCCACUGGCCACGGAGAAGCUGAGCGACCUGGCGGCACACGUCAACCACGCGAGGCGGAGGGCGAGUGUGGUGGGAAAGCACGACUUCGAGUGCUCUCACGAGGCCAUGAUCAAGAAGAUUCCCAUCAAGCAGAGCCGAUCCAAGACUGGCAGCACCCUUGUCACCACCGAGCAGAUCAAGACGCUGCGGAAAACGUACCUACGGGGCAAGCGGUAGAAACAACCACACUAAUUAUAGGCACAAUAGACACUCACUCUCUUCACCACCACGGGGACGUGAACCAACUGAUGGCCGUUCGAUUCAAACAAAUAUUCAAG